ACUUUUUUUGUUUAUUUCGAACUGUCAUGUUUUGUUUUGGGUGCUGCGAGGUGUGUUUUGUUAGGUUAUGUGCUCGAUAUUGGUUAUGUGAUUUCAUGCCGAUUGAAAGCCGACUAUUUUCCUCCCGUAAUUAAUUCGUUUGCUCGUUAGAUAAGCCAGAAAAUGUUUCGCAAAAGUCUGUACACAGUCGGUGCAUUUACCAAAGCAUGCGCAGCUUCAGCACAUUACAGAAGUCUGUACUCCGCAUCGGCCCUCGGCAUCGAGGGGUAUGAGGCGUACCGGGAGAAAACACGCACGCAGCAUUUACACAACGUUGAUAACUUUAAGCGCAAAAUGCGUGACUUUGUGUCCGGUUCGUCCACGAACAUGAUCUUCACCGAGGAUUUGAAAAACAUAAUUCAUCUGAUCGACAACACGCCGGAAGACAAACAGCUGCUUAAGGACACGGUCAUGCGGUACAACCAGCAGGGCAAAGAGCUGCGGUUCGGUAAUUACGUGUUCGGUCCGGUCAUUAUGCGUGCCUGCCAUCAUCUGGGUGAUGCGGAUUUGGCGCUAGAUCUGUUCAAAACUGCCGGCACGGAUGGGUUUUUCGAUCAGCUGACCAGCUACCAGAUCCUGGGGGACAUGCUGUACGAGAAGGGCCGGUAUCAGGAGGUGCGCGAGCUGUUCGAUUCGAUCAAGAGCGUUCAGAUCCAGGGCGGUCGGUUUCCGAAACACUGCAUCACGCUUACGUUCGCCGCUUGUUACAAGGAAAAUACGGCCGACUCGUUCCAGUACGCGAUGGACCUGUGGAAGGAGCUGAACUCUGUGGGCCAUGUGCCGAUGCGCAAGGCAACGGCAUUUGCGGCGGCCCUUGCGCUGGCGAACGGUCGGCCGGAGAUUGCCGUCGAGAUUUUGGGCACGAUUGCGAAGGGUAACUACGUGACCGUGCGACAGCUGAAGACGUUGGCCCUGUGUGCGCUGAACCGGCUGGAAGACGUCGUACCGAUAUUCCGCUCCGUGCUGGAAGUGAAGGGACCGUUCGAGAAGCAGCAAACCUUCUGCCGGGAGGUCAUUCAGAAGGUGCAGGAAACGGUGGCGGCCGCGAAAGCGGAAAGCACUUCCACCACACUGCAGGACCUGGAACGGAUGCUGGAAUUCCUCGAAACAAACGGACAGAUCGUGAACGAAACGUUGGACAGCAUGCUCUGCUCGGCGAUAAUGUCCACGGCACAGCGAACGGACGGCCACAGUAACUUGGCCGACAGUUACAACACACGCGGUGGACGCAUGCAGCAGCAGCGGAACUUCCGUCCGACGAAAAAGUAUUCACAGCUUAGGCCUGGCCUUUCGGACAUGAACUAAGUGCUGGUAGCAAAGGUCCAGCAAGAGGCAGCGCAAUAAAGAGAAAGCUGUUUCGGUAGACAUACAAACAA